UCCUCUCUGAUCACUCAGUGUGCGUUUUUCAGCCGCAUGAACAAAAUGAAUUUCUUCACCACGUUGACGAGAGAAUUAAGCAAAGUCGGUCGAUGGCUAUUGAAAUACCGCAACUACUUGAUCAUCUACAUCACACCUUUGCUGCUACUCCCUCUGCCGCUGCUAAUCCCUUCUUCGGAAGCUUAUUGCGGCUAUGUCAUCCUCCUGAUGGCGAUCUACUGGUGUACGGAGUGUAUUCCACUGGCUAUCACUGCACUUUUGCCAGUCAUUCUCUUCCCUUUCCUGCGCAUCAUGAACUCUGAACAGGUGUGUGUGCUUUAUCUGAAAGACACCAACAUGCUGUUCAUCGGGGGUUUGGUGGUGGCUAUCGCGGUGGAACACUGGAACCUUCACAAGCGUAUUGCCCUGAGUGUCCUGCUCUUAGUAGGUGUUCGACCUGCUCUGUUGAUGUUUGGCUUCAUGAGUGUAACCGCGUUCCUCUCGAUGUGGAUCAGUAACACGGCUACUACUGCCAUGAUGCUGCCCAUAGCGCAGGCCGUACUAGAGCAGCUCAGCAAAACGGAGGCUGAGAGAGACGAACGAGAACUGAGGGAAGGCCAAGACAACCAGGCUUUCGAGAUGGUUGAAAACACCAUGACCAAAAUUCCCCUGGAAAACCAAAUUGGGAUCUCGUCUCCAGAGCACGUGCCGGAUUUAGCAGCAGAGCAUCGAAGGGAAGCUCGAGAAAAGAGAUAUCUGUCUCUGAAUAAAGGGAUGAGCUUGAGUGUGUGUUACUCUGCCAGCAUUGGGGGCACAGCCACACUUACAGGCACCACGCCAAACCUCAUCCUCAAAGGCCAGAUGGAUAGCAUCUAUAAAGAUAACCCCAACGUGAUCAACUUCGCCAGCUGGUUUGGCUUUGCGUUUCCCAACAUGAUGCUAAUGUUGGCUUUGUCCUGGCUGUGGCUGCAGUUCAUGUAUCUGGGUUUUAACUUUAAGAAGACGUUUGGCUGUGGGACGAAAAAUGACAGUGACCGGGAGGCCUGCAUUGUGAUGAAGCAAGAAUACAAGAAACUGGGCAGGAUGAAAUUCGCAGAAGGAGCCGUGCUUGCAAUUUUCGUGUUGUUGGUGGUGUUGUGGUUCAGCAGAGAGCCAGGAUUCAUGCCAGGCUGGGCUUCUUCUCUUAACCAAGCUGGACAGUAUGUUACCGAUGGCACGGUAGCCAUUUCUAUAGCCACUUUGUUCUUCCUCAUCCCAUCUAAAUUGCCAUUUAAAAGCUUUGGCUUGGGCCGUAAGGAUGAUGAGCAGGCAGGAACAGGAGAAGGAGAAAAUCAAUUGCUGCCAAAGAAGAAGUUGAAAACUCUCCCAGCUCUGCUUAACUGGAAAGUGGUGCAUGAGCGAAUGCCCUGGAACGUUGUGCUGCUCCUGGGAGGUGGAUAUGCACUGGCAGAGGGCAGUAAGGUUUCUAAACUCUCAGAUUGGCUGGGUACAACUCUUGCGCCCCUUCAGUCCAUCCCUCCAUUUGCCAUCUCGCUCCUGCUCUGCCUGGUGGUGGGAAUGUUCACUGAGUGCUCCAGCAACACGGCCACAACAACACUCUUCCUCCCCAUUCUCGCUACUAUGGCCGAAACGAUCAAACUCCAUCCCUUGUAUGUGAUGCUGCCCUGCACCAUCAGUGCUUCCCUGGCCUUCAUGCUGCCGGUGGCCACUCCUCCCAACGCCAUCGCUUUCUCAUACGGCACCCUCAAAGUCGUUGAUAUGGCGAAGGCUGGCUUCGUGCUAAAUAUCAUUGGCAUCCUGUGCAUCAACUUGGCAAUUAACACAUGGGGAACGGCCAUGUUUGAUCUCAACACCUUCCCCUCAUGGAUCAAUGUAACUAAAACACCAUGAAAGGAGUUUCCGGAAGAGCAAAAGAACGACGAGAAGGAAAUCGGAGGAGAGCAAAACGAGAGGAAAAUGCAUGUUUUCCAAAGGAAAAAAAGAGGGUAAAUGUACUGUGUAGAAAAACUCUCAGCAGCUGCUCCAAUGUCCUGAGCCAUACUGAACAUUUACUCAUAAACAUAACCCUCUCCUUUUAAAUAUAUGUUUAUUUAUUCAAUUGUUUUCACACACCAUGGGUGAUUUUACUUUAUGAAGUGAUUAAGACCUUUGUGUUCAGUAUUUAAGGGUUUUAUUCAGGACUGUUUUCCACACUGACUAUAUAUAUAUGUGCCAUAUAUGUAUACAUUUAAUGUAUUUCUUUUUACUUUUGAAAAUGUUUAACGGACGCACCACCUGUCCAGCAAUCUGUGAUUUCACUUCUAACAUAAUGUCAAUGUGGAUCAAACUGGAGAUAUAGCGAUACUCCACAAUGCUGUAAAGCAGGAAGCCCAAAGGGUGCAAUGGAAAGCUUGUUGGCUCUCAGGGGAGGUACGUGAUGCUUUCAUCCCUCGCCAGACUAAUAAUACUGUAGCGUGAGGCAGAGAAAAAAAGGAGUGUAGUAGGAAGUGUCACAAAAGAUGUGCAACAAUAAAAAAAAAUUCAAAUAAAAAUAUCUCGGUUCUUCAA